AAGCUGAAGUUCUGUGUGAACCGUUACAUUGAAUUUGAACAAAAAACUGUGAAAUCGUGUUUUGGUAACCGGGAAACGGCUUAGCCGCCCGGUUUUACAGUUUAGGUAUUUAAAAACGUUUUAGUGCUCUGGUAGUCUGGUUUGUAAUUUGAAGGGCGAAAACAAGUGUAAAUCUUUGAAAAACGGCGGCGUAUCCCUGCGUCUGCUGCUGCAGAAUGAACCCUGUCAUGUGACUAAGUCAGGUGACGAGAGCUCCAGUGACGUAGUAAAAGUGAUCCUGCUGGCUUUUAAGACAUAACGUGGCGUCGUUGAUCAAACCGCAUAAGAAAGAACAAAACAUCAGAAGUUCCAAACAAAAAAAAGUAAGACACUUUGCAAGACGACGACGAUAAAAAAAAACAGUUACUAAACUGAAUCCUGUGUGAUGUCAUGGACAGUGUGAAGAUGGAAUCUGUCCCAAUUAAAGAGGAGUUCCCUGGGCUGGCCUCCCUCCCCAUUAAACAGGAGCUCUGUGAGAUGCAAUGUGACUGCUGUCAGAUGGAGGUCUCUGAUAUUAAAGCUGAGCACAAUGAAUUGAAGAUGCCCAAGACAGAAGAACCCCUUCCUAUUAAAGAAGAGGAGGAGGAGGUGCUGGAAAUGAAACAGGAGCCGCCAGAAAUAGAGUUUGACCACAUGGAACCAGGGAAGGAAGGAUCCAAGGACUUCAAACCAAAGCCUGUACCCCUGCGGGAAUGUAGCGUGGUGCUGGAGAGAAUCUGCGUGAGAGAGCGAGGGGCUGGAGAGGAAGACUGCCCCAACAGCACGCAAGGAGGUGGAAAGGAAGACGGGCGGUCAAAUUCAGAAUGCAGUCUAGCAGGUUCCAGUCCAGCAGCUAAAGUGAGGGCGGGCAGUAGAGAAUAUCCUGGCUGUGUGAAGCGUUUCAGUCAAACGGUAAACCUGAAAGCACACAAGCGAAUUCACACAGGAGAGAAACCGUAUCGCUGCUCUGACUGUGGGAAGAGUUACAGUCAUUCAGAACACCUACAGAAACACCAGCGCAUUCACACAGGAGAGAGACCAUAUUGCUGCUCUGAAUGUGGAAAGUGUUUCGGUGUCUCAGGAACUCUGAAAAAACACCAGCGUAUUCACACAGGAAAGAAACCGUAUUGCUGUUCUGAAUGCGGGAAGAGUUUCAGUGACUCAGGAACUCUGAAAACACACCAGCGAAUUCACACAGGUGAAAAAGCAUAUUGCUGCUCUGAUUGUGGGAAGAGUUUCAGACAGUUAGAACACCUGAAAACACACCAGCGAAUUCACACAGGAGAGAAACCGUAUCUCUGCUCUGACUGUGGAAAGAGUUUCAGAGAGGCAGGAGACCUGAGAAAACACCAGCGAAUUCACACAGGAGAGAAACCAUAUUUUUGCUCUGACUGUGGGAAGAGUUUCAGGCAGUCCGGAGAGCUGAAAACACACCAGCGAAUUCACACAGGAGAGAAAAUAUAUUGCUGCUCUGACUGUGGGAAGCGUUUCAGACAGUCCGUACACCUGAAAACACACCAGCGAAUUCACACAGGAGAGAAACCAUAUUGCUGCUCUGACUGUGGGAAGAGUUUCAGAGAUUCAGGAGACCUGAAAAAACACAAGCGAAUUCACACGGGAGAGAAACCGUAUUGCUGUUCUGACUGUGGGAAGAGUUUCAGAGAUUCAGUAGGCCUGAAAAAACACAAGCGAAUUCACACAGGAGAGAAGCCGUAUCCCUGCUCUGACUGUGGGAAGUUUUUCAGAGAUUCAGAAGGCCUGAAAAAACACCAGCGAAUUCACACGGGAGAGAAACCGUAUUGCUGUUCUGACUGUGGGAAGAGUUUCAGGCAGUCAGGAGAUCUAAAAACACAUCAGCGAAUUCACACAGGAGAGAAACCGUAUUGCUGCUCUGACUGUGGGAAGUGUUUUAGUGAUUCAGGAAACCUGAAAAGACACCAACGAAUUCACAGAGGACAAAAACCUUGAAGCGCAUGUUCAAUGGGACUUUCAUUCAAGGGGGGAAAAAAACAUCUUGCAUUAUUAGUCCCUGUGUAAUAAUACUUUUUCUGUGUCACUCUUAAGACCAUGCGUUUUAAAUGGUAAAGAUGCACUUGAGAAAGUGGGUGGUGAUGCGAACAUGUCUAGUUUAACUGUGUCAAUGCAGACAGUGCCUGGGAGCAGGAAUAUACAGAAAUGAAACUAUUCCGCAGCUUAUCUGAUAUACGAGUCAGGAGAAAUCGGUAACUCGUGUGGUAAAUGAGUUUCAGGGUUUAGCAUUUAAACUUGAUUAAUCUGAAAAUAAAUAAAUUGAUCAGAACGAGUAUCGUGACCCGGUAUAUAGCAUCCAGAGACGAGACGGCACCGUCCUUACUGGGCAAUCAGCUGGAUGAUUUGUCUUUUUAAAUUGAAUCCAGUUUCUAAAACUAAUGAGAAAUGAUAGUAUUAUGACAUGAAUCACUGAAUGUUGAGCCACAUGUAGCUUUGCACUGUGCAUUAGUCAUGCUUUUAUUUUAGCCUGCUUUUAAAUUGCCCCAAAUAAUACAAGUGUAACAAGCAUGUGUACGGAUCUUAGGUACAGAAAGGCAUACAGGUUUACACUGUGACAAAUUACAAAUGAAAAUGUAGCUUAGCGACCACUAUUCAUGGAUUACGAUUGCAGAGCACAAAAUAAUAUAGGCUAAAAUGCAAUAUGGUAAUAGAAAUAAACAGAUGUGUCUGUACUUUUUGCAAAGGCUUUAUGUACAUUUUUAGUACAGAUAGAUAUAUGUCAGUGCUAGACCGGGACCUUGUUAAAUUGUGUAACGAGGGCAUUUGUGUAAACGUUGUCCUGGUGAGACGUGACUACAAUUAACCCUUAAGUGUGCUGAUUUAACGGUUGAUUAAUAUACAACAACAUGCUCAACUGCACCACUCUACAUUUACAAGAUUUGUAAAAAAUGUGCAUUAAUACCUUCUUCUAUUACUUGUGGUUCUCUAACCCAUAAGAAUACAAGGCCUAGCCAAAAGUCUAAAUGCUCAUGUAUACGGUACAAAGCAAGAAUUACUACACCUUCAAAUAUAUGAAACAAGAAAACCGUGAGUUCCUAAUGUAUAAUCUCAUGUUAUGCCCAUUGAAGAGUGUUUUAGUUUUGCGUGUUUGCGUGCAAUACAGCAAAUAGCAUUACUGCCUCUAUUGUAUUGCUGUGCUUGCAUUCCCUGCGAGAAGAGCUUCAGUGUUAAAGGGGAGCCUGGUGGCAUUUAAGACCCAGCCAGUGUUGCCAGCUAUAAAUUGCUGAUUUCUAAUUUUGCAGUUACUUGAAGUAGAGUUUCAAUAGGUCUACUGCCCAAUUGAUUUUUGUGUUCUCUCACUUUCUUCUGGAACUACAUUGUGUGUGGCUGUAUCAGACUUAUUACAAACAUAGUUUAAAGUGUUCUGAACAGAGCAUUGUUUGCAGACUCUGUGUUGUGAAGAAUAAGAUAUACAGUUUGUAAAUGUUUAAAUAUAUUGUAUAGAUUUAUAGGAUUUGGCCAAACUUGAAUGUAAUCUUUUCACAAAUCUCUGCUGUACAGGGUAAGUCUGAAAGCCUGCUCUCAGACUGCCAUCUCCUUCAAAGUCUCCGUUGUUAACAAAAUGACAAUUUGAUCAAAAAGACCCCAGCUGUGAUCUUGGAUUCAAAGAGACUCCCAGCUGUGAACACAAGUUGGUUUUAUUGUUUUCAGUAAACACAAUUGUCUGUGCAUUGAAGAGAUGUUUCCAUUAACAUAUAGAGUGGCAGAGCAGAACCAGACCUCGGCCAUCUGGAAAUAGUGUCUUCAGGUAUGGAGUGAAAAGCCAUCUAGUAUAACAAGACUGUCUGGAGAGGAUGUGAAGUUGUUAUGGACUAGUGGAAUGGCCAGUUCUGUGUGUUCUCAAACUGUCCAAUCAUGGACCAGAAUCUGUAAGAAACUGCCUACUGUUUUCUAAGGAUAGAAAAGGGAUUGUUUUGACACACACACACACACACACAUUCUCUCGCUGUCCAUUCAACACACUCUCCAUUCAACAUCAACUGUCCACAAUCUCUCCUCUGCUCAUCUCUUGAUAUCCUCACACUGAUACGCUGCAAGGGGGAGAUGCCUUUGAAAACUACAUCAUCUGAGUAACUUUUUCUAUAACACGGCAUGGCUUGUUGAAAAGGACAGCUUCAUGAUUCUAUCCUGCUGGACAUCACUGCGAAUUUCCAAACAAAAACACAGCCAGGCAUUCAUUUCUUUGAGGAAAUCACCAGGCAAAGUAAAACUAAACUUCAUUCUUUGGACUUUCCAAAAAUCAUCUUCACCAUGAGGAGUCAAAACUUUAUUCCGAGACUAACUUCUUUCUAAACCAAGUAUGAUAAAUCUGCAGAUUUAUUGAAUUUCCAUGAUGCAUAGAUAUUAUAGGAUUAAUUUGUAAAUCUUUUAUGUUAAAUGAAUCCAUUGUUUGAACCUGUCUUGAUAGAAUAUAUUAAUGCAUUUUUUUUUAUUUAGUGGUUUAAUAAAUGAUCAAAUAUGUGGUUUAGUAAAUUACAAAAUUAGUUAUGAUGAAUCCUAUACUGAUACUUUGAACCUACGUAAUUUUGUAACAUUGAAAUAAACAAAAGUAAUUUCUUUUAAA